AUGGCCGGCAACUCUGUCCAACCGCUGCCCCGAAACCAUCAUCAAGUCAAAUCGUUUCUUGGUCUGCCUGACGAAAUUCGACUGAAAAUAUACGGAUUCCUCUAUCCCGAGAUCGAGAUCGACCUGCGCGCGGAGGCAAAACUAGUCUUCGAUACAGCCGCCGUUAUUGUGACAUCUUAUUUGCUUACCGACACGCCGAUUCCGCCCGGCUUCCCACAAACUCUCCUUCAGCGCAUUUACAAGUUGAUCGCCCAGGGGCAUGAUAUCUACUUUGGCAGGUUUGGCAUGACAUUGGGCACCGGUUGGCUCGACCGCGAUAUUUGCCCAAAUCUGCGAAUCGUAUGGUGA